UCCAUUGACCGUGGUACAAAAUGACACCAUAUGGGAUUGAUUUGGACGUUUUUACAGGUUUUGUUUAAUGUAAUGGAAAGCGAAAACCAAGAUUUAGAGACAGAUACACCUCCUCUGGACUGGAAAAGUUGCAAAUUGAUCAUAGACCCUGCAAUUACUAAAGGAUUAUACAAAGUCUGCCGCUUUGAUGGACAACAUUUCAACAUCCCCGUUGAGGAUUUAGGUCUUUUUCCUGUGGAGACCGUCAGAGAUCCCAGAGUCUGCCGUCUGUGGAGUAAACACAACAUAACUGAUCUACUGCUUCCUAAAUUCAAGAUUGAUGAGUGGUAUAUCGGGCCUGUCCCUCCCAAGGAAUUGACAUUUUGCAGGUUAAAUGAUAAUGUGAGAGAAACAUUUCUCACCAAUAUGUGCCAGAAAUAUGGUAAAGUGGAAGAAGUGGAAAUAUUUUACAAUCCAAACAACAAGAAACACCUGGGAGUUGCGAAGGUCAUCUUUGACUCGGUGAGAGCAGCAAAGAACGCAAUGGAGCACCUUCAUCAAACAUCCGUGAUGGGAAAUAUUAUACAUGUGGAAAUAGAUCCCAAAGGUCAGAAAAGAACGAAAUAUCUUCAGCUGUUGCUUAACGGCCUGUAUACUCCCUGGACGUUACCAUUGGGGAGCAGUGAGCGCGUUCUUCAAAGCUUAGUCGACACCCUGGUGCCCAGCGCUGCUGCUCAACAGUUAGGAGCUGCCUCCAGUCCUACCAGCAUUGCUACACCCCUCUCCUUGGACACAGCCUACUCCAGCAUUUGGCAAGACACUCCUUGCAGCUUUGGCCUAACACCACAAUCUCAGGGAACCCCCCGGACUCCCUCCUUUUCUGCGACUCCUCUCUCCCAGGACUCCUGCUACUCCAGCCUUCAGGCGACGCCUGUCCUCCAGGGGGAGCCAUCUAGCUUCAGCCUUCACAAACAUUUAAGACGAGCGCUCUGUCGUCAAAAACAGGCGAAGCAUCAGAGGGUAUCUAACCCAGCUUCAAAUGUCAGUUUCAUUUUAAAGUCUAACCACCUCCCCCUUCUGAAUCCAACUUUAAAUCAGCAACAAAUCAGUAACCAGCAGCUCACAAUGUGGAGCCACAACACCAGAUACUCUGCCUACAAGGAGCCUUCCUGUAGUCCCGUUUCCCCCUUUCAGGAGUCUGCAGACAUGGGUAGCUCUUCUUCUGUGACUUCACCUCACACCCGUGACCCUGUCGAUGUCCACAGCAAUAGUUUCACAGCUGAUGGUCGACACGUCAGCAAUGAGGGUCACCCAGAGGUGGGGAGUUUGGACUCGCGCAUUGAACGUCUGCUGAUAAACAGUCAGAUUUCUGAAAGUUUAUAUUUUAAAUGCAAAACUCAAAAGCCUGAAGGAGACUCUCCAGACAGCCCUUCUUCACCUCAAUACACUCCUAAGGUUCCUCUCUCAGAUGAUUCCCCUUCUUGCUCCCCAUCACCUAGUGAAUCCUUUACCAGCGGCCAUCGCCGUCCAAAGGAUUUCAGUUCAUCGCUCCCCGAAAACGAGGAGGAUGAAACUAAUCAAGCUGUUUUGUUUCUUAAAGCAAACUCCCAGUCUCCCACAUCCUCUGAGCUGGAACAUUCAGAAAGCAGAGUGCAUCAAACACAUGAGGAAGAUGUCAACAUAACGCAGUGGAUUUCUUCCUCAAAGGAACAUUAUGCCGUGGACUCAAAUACAACCAGGUGUGGAUGUCUGCCGCUUGUAGAAGACAGAUCAUCACUUCCUAAAUCUCCAUCUACCUCUGCCAUGUACACCAACAUUCCCAUAGCUCCUCCUCCAGCUCCAGUCAGAUGUUCUCAUCCUCCACAAGCCUCUUUUCCGACCCCCCCUUUCCUUCCACCUAUUCCUCCUGUCCCUCCCCGCCUGCCGAAUGGCACCAUCCCCAUCCCUCCUCCAGGCUGGAUCCCACCUCGGGGUAUCCCCAUCCCACCUCCCCCUAUCCCACCUCCUCCCUCCCUUCCUCCCCCACCAACUUUCUUGGUACCUCCUCCACCUUUACCUGGGUCACUACCUGUUCCUCCUCCUUUACCCAUAUAUCCUGUAGCUGCACCACCUUUACUCAGAGGGGAACCUCCACGGCAUGGCAGUGCAUCUUUCCCAUUCCCUCGCCCGCCCUGGCUCGUCCCGCCUUUUCCCUCCUUUAAUCCCUUUGUGCCGCCACCAAACUUCACUCCUGUUCAGGAAAAGCGCUAUAAGGUAACCGUGGAAAAGGUUUUAGAAAUUCUUAUGGAGGAGUUGAAAUCUGUCAUUCGGAAAGACAUCAUGCGAAGAGCGAUUGAAGGAGUGGCUUUUAAGGCGUUUGAGGACUGGUGGGACUGCCAAGAAAAGAAAAAGAUGCAAGUUUCUCCAUUGAAAAGUGGAGCUCCAGCUGUUGAUGGAAGGAAAACACAAACGAAUCUUCACAGCGGUAUUAGUGAGAGGGGGAAAAAGCCGGCUCUGCCAUCGUUCAGAGUAAAACGAAAACGAUCAGAAGAAAUAGAAAACAACUCAAAUUCCGCUCAUGAAAGCUGUGCUUUAAAGUUGCAGCAGGAGGAUAACAUUGAGAAAUCUGCAGCUGAGGGAGCCAAACGAAGACACGCUAGACCCUUAGAGCUGGACAGUGAUGAUGAAGACGAAGAAGAAGACAAAACACAUCAUGAUAGCAACCAGACAUCAGAGCAAAUAGAUGUUAUCAAGCCUGCGGAGGAUCCUCAGAUUAUGUCUGACAGAGAUGAUGAAGAGGAUGUUGACCAGGGAUGUAAAGAAAAGACGUCAGAACUGGAAAGGUCUGAAGAGGAUCCUGCUGUCUGUCUAGCUAGAGAUGAAGAUCGGUGCCUAAAAAGUGGUAUGUUUAAGGGCUGCAUCGCAGAAAAUGUCAGAAUAACUAGUCGAUAUAUAAUACUUUAUCUUUAUUUCCCUGCAGACAGAUUACCAGUGAACAGCACCUCAGAAGAAAGUGAUUACUCAUCGGACUCCUCUGACUCGUUUUCCUCAGAGAGGUUUGAUGACUCGUUUUCUGACCUCAGCUCUGAACAUGAGGACAUGGAGGAGGAGGAUAACAGCAGGGAAGAAUGCAUAGUGAUAUCGUCUGAUGAAGACUCACUGGAGCCAGAGCUCAGUGGGACCCCCACUGCUCCUCUAACUCCUGGAGCUAAGCUGGAUCUAGACUUGGAGGAGGCUUUAGAGUCCUUCCAUGCGGAUGAAGAAGAGGAGAACUAUACAGGCUGCCUCAAAGACAGCAGUGGUGUGGAUCUUCAGCACCAAGAACCUCCAGACAUAGAGCUCAUUUCACCUUUAGGACUGGAAGUGGAGUCUGGUCCUGGAUGGAGCACAGAGUCUCUGGAGAUCCUAGACAACCUGAGGCCUCUCACCCCCACUGGCAGCUUGGUGGACAGUGACCCUGACAAUCUGAUAAAAAGCAAACCAGCAUCUCCAGCUCUGGAUGAGGAGGAGAGACCACCCACACCAGGGAAGGGGAUUGUUGCUGGACUGGUGAAUAUAGACUCAGACGAAGCCCAUGAAAUCAUUUCCCUCUCCCCUGCAAGUAGCAAUGUUUUUGUGGCUACCUCUGAUUUCCUACCCACCUCCUACCCGUACGAGGAGAAACCCAAAACUCCAGGGAGGGAGGAAAGCGGCGUAUGGAAUCUUCACAGCUCCGUUCCAGCAACGGCUGGUCACAUAGCAGAAACGUUUGAAGGAAACACAGUGUUUUCCCCUCUGUGCAGUCCCCCAGAUGUUCUACCACUUUCAAGCAAUCCGUAUAUCACCCCCCCUAAAACGCCGGGAAGAGACAUUUUCUUACCUCGAAGAGAUGUAGUCCAUAAGAGGAAAACAGAAACGCUCCCUCCUCUACCUCUGCUGCAUGACAGCCCUCUUAGUGUUUCUCCCAUCCCAUUGUCCUCUCCAUCCAGUCUCUCUGAAUCUUCAUUUGGCUUCGCAGAUGGAAACGAUGAAAGCAUAAGUUCAGGUGUGAGAAUGAAACCUUUGCAGGGACUUGAGAACACGCCUGGACUUUAUAACGAGGACAAAGUUAUAUGGAGGAAAAAACUGAGGAGGAGCCUGAAGCGCAGAAAGAGGGCCCACCUUCAUCGAAGAUUAUUAAAAGGAGUGAACUGGUCGUGUUCCUUUCAGCAGCACUUUCUCAGGAGGCGUUCGUCAUGUGAGGAGUUUAAUAUCCUUCAUAAUAUCUGGAAAGAGGGUUUGGAUGAAGAGGAUGCCAGACAUCUUCAGAGUGUCUAUGAAAGGCUACAAGAGCAGGAUAACGGUGCCGUGUGGCUGAGUGAAACUGUCUGGAGCCCUCAUCCUCUGACUAAGAUCCCAGCAGAGGGCAGUGAAGAAAACCAGCCUGUCCACAGGACGGGUUCUGCUCGCAGUGAAGGUUUCUACAAAAUUAGCAGGAAGGAUAAAAUAAAGUACCUCAUUGGUGCAAAGCCUGCUGAUCUUCACCCUACAGGGACUCGGGGCUUAUGUAUCCCUGUCCAGCAUCCCACAUCACUUCGUUCUGGAUCUGACUUCAGGUCCGAACAGCGCCGCCUGCUGUCCUCGUUCAGCUGUGACAGUGACCUGGUUAAAUUUAACCAGCUUAAGUUUCGAAAGAAGAAGAUUUAUUUCAGUCGGAGUCUGAUCCAUGAGUGGGGCCUGUUUGCCUUGGAGCCCAUAGCAGCAGAUGAGAUGGUGAUUGAGUAUGUGGGACAGCUCGUCAGACAGGUCAUUGCAGACAUGAGAGAGCAGAGAUAUGAAGAGGAGGGCAUCGGAAGCAGCUAUUUAUUCCGUGUUGAUCAGGACACCAUCAUUGAUGCCACAAAAUGUGGAAACUUAGCCAGGUUUAUCAACCACAGCUGCAACCCUAACUGUUACGCAAAGGUCAUCACAGUGGAGUCUCAGAAGAAGAUAGUGAUUUACUCCCGGCAGCCGAUAGGCGUCGAUGAAGAAAUCACCUACGACUACAAGUUUCCCAUCGAGGAAACAAAGAUUCCUUGUCUGUGUGGAGCGGAUACCUGCAGAGGAUCCCUGAACUGAUCUCUUAUUAGCUGAAAUCCUCUGUGGCCUUUAAUGCUCCCUAUCUGGAUCAUGUUUACAACUCAAAAUUGCUAUAAAAGCUGCAGACAGUUUGAGUUCGUACAGUGAAAUAUGACUUAAAAAUCUCUUUAGACAAUGGAAAAACAAA